GACGGUCUACCUUAGAUUCGCGCUUCCAAAUGGAAGAAUGAGCAGUUGACGUUUAUUUUUUUCCUAAAAUUAUGACUUUAGUCAUAAUAAUGCUAUUAAUUUUUUCUACCGUAAUAAUUUUUUAAUGGUUUGGGGAUGGAUGGAUGGACAAUUCCAGAAGGUUGCAGGUGGGUAGAUGAUUCGAGAAGGUUGCGGAUGGAUGAAUCUUUGCAGGGACGCCUCAAGGUCGUUGGAAGAGCCGGCGUGGGAAUUGAUAAUGUGGAUCUCCAUGCCGCAACAGAGUACGGGUGUUUGGUGGUAAAUGCUCCCACUGCAAACACUGUAGCGGCUACAGAGCACGGCAUAGCACUUCUUGUCGCCAUGGCAAGGAACGUGCCACAGGCCAGCGCUUCCAUGAAAGAGGGAGAUAGCAAAGAAUUGUGGUUGCAUAUGGGUACUUUAUGGGACGCAGGCCCUGCUGUAAAAGUCGCUUACAAGCGUAAUGAUACAUGGAAUCCUUUCAGUAUGGUGCUCAAAAUGGGAAUCGUCCGACAUUUGUGUGAAGGCCGAUCUACAACAGUGAAGCUUGGACCUGUGAAGGGCUUGUGGCUCAGAAGCAAAGUACCCUAUAGCGGUUACAGAAGGAAAAUGAAGGAUGUGCGUUCACUCAGAUGCAGAUGUACUCAAAUACAUUACUCAAACACAAUGCAAAGCACAGAUCGAGAAUGUACUGGAGAAUGCUCAUGACUACUCCAGAUUGUUCGAAAGUUAAAAAUUAAAUGAACUCUGCCAAAUUCCUUCAAUGGCAUUUAAUGCACAAAGAUUUUUUACAGAUUUGAAUUA